AGACAGAUCUGUGCUGAGGGUUUAAUUGAACAAGCCUGUUAAAUGAACUUCAGGCAAAGUUAAGGGAGCCAUCCAAAGGGAGGGAUUUCUUCAUUUUGCCUUCUGCCUAAAGCUGUUCCUUGAGAGCCUGCAGUAACAGAGAUUGUAAGAGAAGGGUUUAGAGAGAUGUCUAAAUCAAACAAAACAGUUUUCCAAAAUCCUUUCCCUAUGGAAAAGAUUUUAUUAAAUUGUUGUCAUGGUAACAUGGUGCCAAAUACAUCAUAAGCUCUUUUGCUGAGUAAACAGAAAAGGUGGUAAUACUUUUUGCCUUUGAAAACAGAAAGUUUAUUAAUUUGUGGGGAACAUUGUAUUCUUAAAUUUAAGAAAAUAACUUUCUCGCAGCUUAAAACUCUCAAGUUUUACCCUAGAAAAUGUUGAUUAUUUUUUUCCCCCUAAAAUAAACAUUGGGAGCUUAAGUGAGAGAUUUAAAAUUCCCUGAUAUCAGCCAGAAGACCGGGGGGGAAAAUAAACAUAUUUUCAUUUAAUCUAAGAACCUUUAUCUAUCAGAAGUUUCAAAGUCUUUAAAAUUCCAGAACAGUUUUACUACAAAUCCUUCCCUCCACAUUACAGAUGGUGAAACAGAGGUAGAGUGACUUGUUUUUCUAAGCUAAUGGCAGUAUCAGGAAGAAAAUGGACAUACAUUGAUUGUUAGUACAGCACUUCACUCUUUGGAGCGUGCCAACUUUCUUCAGCAUUGCUGGUGACUGACCAUGUGUGAAACCUGGUGCUGGUGUUUGUUGUAAAUUAGUAACGGGAGUUCCAGUAAAAGUGGAGCGUUCCAGCUCUGACCUGUGCUACUACAAUCAGAGCAUUCUGUCGAUGCUCUUUGUUAUUUGGAAUGAUCAGAAUAUGGACACUUUUCGAUGUCUGCAACCACUAUAACUAUUGAUAACUAUUUCAGAGUUACCUUUUUUCGUGGCUUUUUUUCCUUUCGCAGUGACUUGUUUAAAUCUCUUGUAAAAGAAAAAAAAAAAGUGUUCCAUACCCUAUUUUUGCCUUAAUAGUUUGUUUUAAUAGCAAACAUACAGCAUUGUGGCUUGCUCAUUUCCAAAACAGGAUGCAUACCAGCUUGAAGUGGCUGGUGUCUCACGGAGAGUGUUUUCUCGUGGGGUGGAUGCUGUUUAAUUUUAGGAAGAAUUCUCACCGAGGAUGAACGCUUUUAUAUUCCUUUCUGUAGUGAACUGAACGUGUCCGCACUGUGGAAGUCAGGAGUUAAGUGUUACGACCUGGCAAGCAAUCCGACUUCCUCUGGCUCUGCAAACAGUAAUGAUUUAUUUUGCCCGAGAUUGCUUAUUUUGUCAGGUUACAUCAGAUGUGAUGGGAGCACAGCCGUGCCCGGAGCUGGCCGAGCCGCGCUGGCACCGAGCUGGGAGAUGGAUGAUCUGUGCGGGUGGGAAUAGAGUAACUGACUGGGAACAGACCACUGGGAGCCUAACGGGGAUUUUUAAUGUAAGGUUUCUGUAUGUAGGUCUUUCUAAUGUCAUGGGUUUGAUGUAUUUAACCAUUCUGGAUGGGUGGAGAAAGGCAUGUAGGGUUCAACGAAAUUAGUACAUGUUGAGUGAGAUUAAAAUUAACAUGAAAAUGGUUAAUCCUGAAAGAAAUAAUCCAGGUGUAUGUAAUUCUGUACACACUGUAAAUUAAUGGGAAUCUUGAUGGGAGCAAAACAGUUAAAGAUGUUUGAAGUGUUUUAAAGUUAUUUUUUACAAGUUCUGUUAUCUUACUGCAUAUGUACAUAAAUGGAUUAAAAAAAUGUUUGUAGAACACAAUCUGUUUGUGCUGUGCAGGAUGUUAAGCCGAUUGUAUGCCAGGUAUCAAGGGACAUUUUAGAGGAUGCACAUUGUGGAAAAUUUCCCAAAAGGAAAACUGUGUCAGCUUCAAGAUAAAAUGAAGAUUUCUUCUCCCUUCCCUCUUCUUUUUUUUAAUAUUUUUUUGGAGGACCACUUUGUUAGAUGCUUUUGUUUGUAAAGUAAGGGUUGUCCGUGCUGUAUGAUUUUAUUAAUCUAAUACAUCAUAAAAAUCAUGCCUACACUAUGGGCCUAGUGCUCUUCAUCUGUGAUUAAUUAUUUUGUAUUAAAUUAUGUCCUAUUCAGUUGUUUGUUAAGCAUUUCUGUUGAAUAAGUGUUAACCAAAACCAAGUGGAAUUUCUAGAAAAGAACUGUUGUCAGAUUUCCAUUUCUUUUUUGUCUCGGUGUUAGAGUUGCACAGCUUUACUGGUUGGUUGUUGUCUUGUAGUGAAAGUUGUGCAGAUAAUGUUCCCGCUCCAUUUUCUGCUCAGUUUUCUUUUUACACUAACCACCUACCUUGUUAGUGUAAUUGGAAACUCAGGCUGUUUUAUUCUAAAAAUGCAGUUUUACUUCCCUUUUAUAGGCAGCCCAAUAGACUUGGGUAUAGAAGAUGAAGUAGUCUAUUUCUUGAAGUCUUUCCUAGCUCUUUUCCUGUAAGUCAGUGCCCAAGCUUUUAAGCAGUCUGUUGAAAAUUAAUUUAAGUGAGUACUGCUGACCUUGUAUUUUUACCUGCCUACUCUGAAAUUACGUCUGUGUCAGAUCAUUAGUCUUUAUUAAAUGGUAUGAGAAUGGUUGUCAUGUUGCAGAAAGUUUCUGCUCCCUGUUCCCUCUCCAGGGUAGAUGCCUGAAAGAUCUCUGCAGCCAGCUCACAGUCCCCAUUAACAACCAGUUCCUCUGAUUCUGAUGGGAUUCAGUGGAAAAGCCCCCAUGCACAGGUUGUGCACAGUAACAGACUGGAAACUAUUUGGACAGACAUAGAAAAUGGCUUAUAAGUUGUUCAGAAAACAGUUUGAGGAGCUGUAAAAGGAUGCCUCUAUAUAAAUUCAGAAUAAAUGUUUUUCCUGUCAGAACCAAUUAGCUUGAAAAACACUAUCUGCCGUCUAAAUGAAAUUACAGAUGCAUAAGACUCUUUCCUCAGAAACCGGAGUGGUUUUGCAGAUAAGCUGUUUGCUUAUCCUGCCCUCCCCUUUUCUCUCUCCCAGUUCCUUCCCCCAACAACUUUCCUAAUGAACCCCAACAUAUCCAUUGACUCGGAUACUUAAAAACUAACAUCUUCUGCAGUAACACCUUAUCCAUUUUCUGGAGAAGAAGCAUAUUGUUUUGUCUGAAAGGCUGAUUUAAUUGCAAAACCUGACACUUGUCAAACUGAGUGGUUUCAUUUAUUUAUUUAUUUGGCCUUCAGCUCCCUUUUGCUCUCAUAACAGUUAGGACAAGACUGAAUGUUGGUUUUGUUCAGAGAAAUCCCCUUUAAAACACAACAAAACCACUAGAAAUCUUCCAGAGAAGUUGAAGAAGGAAAUAAAUUCACAAAUGGUGUUCUCAAAUCCAUCUUCCACGGCAGCUCUUGCCGCAGAGGGUGGGAAAUAUGUGAGAGCUGUGAGAAGAGCGAAUGAGACCUUCAGCCUCCAGCUUCUUCAUGAGAUGAUGGGUCAGGAGACGACGGGUUUGAAAUCGGAGUGGGCCCGGGACUGGCAGCUGGUGUGGGUGCCCAGUCUGCCUUGCUGGGAUGCGCAGGUCUGUGUGAGGGAAGGGCAAACGGAGGCUGAAGAGGGUCCCUCAAGGGGAUGGAGUUUUGUUCCAGAUACAGUAAAUGCUCUGGAUCUGCUCUUUGCUCUCUGCAGCACUGUACCAGCACAUGUUAAUAAUGAAUUGCCUUGUUUGUAUACAGGAUUUUGUAUUUGCUUUACUAAGAGAGUGCAUGUAAUGUCAAAAAGCAUAGUAAAUUUGAGGCUGCUGUCAUGGUUUUAAGUGCUGUUGAAGGCUUGUUUUGGUUCUUUGGGAUAUUAUAGUUGAGUGAAAUGGAGGGUUUUGGGUAAUUUUGGCCAGGCAUUAGAGACGUCUAAAAGCAACAUCUUCCAAGCAGAGAUCAUAGUCCUAGGCAGAGUUGCAGUAACUCCGGGUCCUUGUGAUGAAAGUCAUACUCGGUCUUUAUCUGGUAUUUUUUUCUGGUGUAAAAGUUGUCGCUUUUGCAGUUGAUGAUCAUUGCCUUGAAAUGGAGCUGUGGGCAGGAGGAGUAGCCUCGGCACUACCUGAAAAUCUGAUGUCUGCCAUGAGGAUGGGAUGGAAAUUAUGGCAUGCCCAGAUUCUUGGAUUGCUCUCACCUGAAAAGUGCCUGUGGUGCUGCCCAUCCAGAGCAGCAGCUGUGGGCUGUGGAAGCUCUAGCUUGUGUGAUGAGCUCUUGAUGGGAUGUGGGAAUCGGGCAAGAUUAAACAUUACAAGGAAAAGCAUCAGUCAGUGAUGUUGUGGUCAGUCAGUUCAAACGGUUGCUUCUGCUUUCCUCUUCGCUAUCACAGUUCUGUUUUAGCUCUUUAUUCUUAAAGUUACCUAAGGCAACUUUGAAAACUUGAGUUCAAAUGAGUAUGUUUUAAGGAAAGUGUGGAUAGAAACUGUUAGUGUAGUCACAAGGACUGUUAACAUCUAGAGAAGUUUUUUUCUCUCUUUUUUUUUUUUUUCUGUGUGUUUUGUUUUUUUUUUUUUUUCCACAAAAUAGUUCGGUUUCCAUUAGCAGAUUUUUUUGUUGUUGUUUUGUGGUACUGCAUAUAUGCCACAGAAAGCUUAUUUAACAGAGUUUGUGAUCAAAACAAACAGACUAGGAAUCUGAGACUGGGUGGAAGGCACUGAUGCAGUGUGAGUAGAGCUGAGGCUGCCAGCGGGUGCUUGCCAGUUCUUGUCUACUGAAGCAGAUGAUUUGAGUGCCCUGUGAUACAUACACGUGCAGGAAGGUUAUUAAGUCACUACAGAAAACGUCAGGGCCGUCUCUGAUUUACAAGCCUGGAAUCAAGUACAACAGUGAGUUUGAAAAAGAAAAGGCAAGCCAAACAAAACACCGAGACUGUCUCUGCCAAUUCCCCUGCAUCUCCUGUUUCCAAAACACCUUCUGAGAAAGAUGACGAAAGUAAAGUUAUUUUGGAGCAAAUCAGUUCCUCUGAAGACAACUGUAAAAUUGCUGGGGAAAAGGAAACCGCUCCAGACAAAGAAAAGAAAAAGAAAAAAUACAAUCAACUGAAAGACAUCAGACGCACAGAACUUAAAAGAUACUACAGUACUGAUGACAAUCAAAACAAAACCAAUGAAAAGAAAGAGAAAAAAAUGGUUUCUCAGAAACCCCAUGGUACCAUAGAAUAUACAGCUGGAAAUCAGGACACCAUAAACAGCAUAGCAUUAAAGUUUAACAUCACCCCAAACAAGCUUGUGGAGCUCAAUAAGCUUUUCACGCAGACAAUUGUGCCAGGCCAGAUUCUCUUUGUGCCAGAAACAAGCGCUGUGAGGUUGUCUUCAUUCAGUCCUGGCGCUCACGUUUCUCCCUCAUCAUCAGAUGCUGAAUAUGAUAAACUCCCUGAUGCUGAUUUGGCAAGAAAGGCCUUCAAACCAGUUGAGAGAGUUCUGUCCUCUACCUCAGAAGAGGAUGAGCCUGUGGUUGUCAAGUUUUUAAAAAUGAAUUGUCGUUACUUCACAGAUGGUAAGGGCGUAGUUGGAGGAGUCAUGAUAGUAACUCCAAACAACAUCAUGUUUGACCCACAUAAGUCUGAUCCUCUGGUAAUUGAGAAUGGCUGUGAAGAAUAUGGGCUCAUCUGCCCCAUGGAGGAGGUUGUCUCAAUAGCUCUCUACAAUGACAUCUCUCACAUGAAGAUUAAAGACGCAUUGCCAUCUGACAUACCAAAGGAUCUUUGUCCUCUGUACAGGCCAGGAGAAUGGGAAGACCUGUCCUCCGAGAAAGAUAUCAAUCCUUUCAGCAAAUUCAAAUCCCUUAGCAGAGAAAAGAGGCAGCAGAAUGGGGAUCCAUCCAUCACUCUGGGUGCCAAACAGAUAAAACCGUCAGAUAAGGAAAAGUCUACUGAUUUUGAAAUUCUUCAGUCAUCUGAGAGUACAGGCUCAAUCAAAUCAAACUUACUGGACUUUCCCAACAACAUCACUGCCACUGAACAUUUGGAAAAGUUUGCUGCAGAACCAUGUGCCAAGGAGCCUUCUGGGGAAAAAAAUGCGUCAGACAUCGAAACCAAAGAAAAAUCCCUUUUGGGAGAAGGAGAGGAUGACUUUGAGCUGGAAAAGACGUCUUCUCGUGUGGACAGAGGGUUGGACAGGAAAAUCUCAGUAAUGGAAGGCUUUCUGGCUGACCCCAGGGAGUUGGGGAGAACUAAGCAGCAGGUAACCAAACCCACUACAGAAGUCCAGGAGCACUUGACAGUUGAUUCCUUGGAAAAAAAGGACAGUGUUGAACCUAAAGCUGACUUAGACUUAGAGCUGUGUGAAAAGCAAGAUGUUAUUCCAGAAGUAAACAAAUGUGUCAGUUCCCCAACAGGUAAGGUGGAGACUACACUGGACACUAAAAAAGAGCUAGAGAAAGAUAAACUUAUUGAAUUUUACCUCAAUAAAGAUGGGAAUGGGUCUCAGUCAUCUGAAGACUUACACAAGGCUGAAAUCCAGAAAGGUGAAAACAAUAAAGCAAUUGGUAUAGACCUUACACUUAGCUGUUCAAAGUCCCAAGCUAAUGAAGUCCAUACAGUUAAAAGUAUGGAGCUCGAUUCCUGCUGUGUUGAAAGGAAAGCGCCUUCGUUAGAAAUCAGCUCAGCAGCAGCAGAGGAGAAGGAUCUGAAAGAGUCUGUGGACUCUUCGUUAGUACCAGCUAUAGACAAGACCUGUCAAGAAACACAGUUAGACAAUCAAUCAGAAAUCAGACUGUGGCUGCUGCAGAAAAUUCAAGUGCCAAUUGAAGAUAUGCUUCCUUCGAAAGAGGAGAAAAGCAAGACUCCUCCAAUGUUUCUGUGCAUUAAAGUAGGCAAGCCCAUGAGAAAGUCCUUUGCAUCUCAGAGCACCACCAUGUCUCAACAGUACAGUAAAAAGAUAAAGCAACCAGAGUACUGGUUUGCUGUUCCGCGGGAAAGGGUGGAUCACUUGUACACGUUUUUUGUUCAGUGGUCACCAGAAAUAUAUGGGAAAGAUGCCAAAGAGCAAGGUUUUGUCGUGGUAGAAAAGGAGGAGCUUGACAUGAUAGACAACUUCUUCAGUGAGCCCACUACUAAAAGCUGGGAGAUCAUAACAGUAGAAGAAGCAAAACGAAGAAAGAGCGUUUGCAGUUACUAUGAAGAAGAAGAAGAAGAUGAUGAUACUUUGCCUGUCUUGAAGCAUCACAGUGCCCUCCUGGAGAACAUGCACAUAGAGCAGCUUGCCCGGCGCUUGCCCGCGCGAGUGCAGGGAUACCCGUGGCGGCUUGCGUACAGUACACUGGAGCACGGGACCAGCCUGAAGACUCUGUACCGUAAAUCAGCAUCUCUCGACAGUCCGGUUCUCCUUGUCAUCAAGGAUAUGGACAACCAGAUAUUUGGAGCGUAUGCUACACAUCCCUUCAGGUUUAGUGACCAUUACUAUGGCACUGGUGAAACAUUCCUCUACACAUUCAGUCCAAAUUUCAAGGUAUUCAAAUGGAGUGGAGAGAACACCUACUUCAUCAAUGGAGACACCAGCUCUCUGGAGCUUGGAGGUGGAGGUGGCCGGUUUGGCUUAUGGUUAGAUGCAGAUUUGUAUCACGGGCGAAGUAACUCCUGCAGCACCUUCAAUAAUGACAUCUUAUCUAAGCAAGAAGAUUUCAUUAUACAAGAUGUAGAAGUAUGGACAUUUGAAUGAAAUACUGACUGCCUUAAGGACUGGAUCCGUUAGGCACUUAAAAGCUAACUAGAAGGUGCAGGCUGCCUCACAAUGUUACACGCUUUUUCCUCAAGUUUGUACCAGAGCAUGACUACGCAAAAAAACCCCAACCAACCAACCCAAGGAAAAACAGAGCAGGUUGUCAGAGGCAGUUAAGACACAGAAGAGAUUAGUCCGAAGUGAUUUUUACUUCCUCCCCCAGCACUCCUCCAUCGAAGAAGUGAUGCUUAUGAAAACAUUCAUGGUGUAUAAGUUGAAAAUGUUUUCUGUAACUGUGAAAAAGAUCCUGUGGGAAAGCUAUAACUAUCUCAUACAUUCCAUGUGUAUUUAUGUUCAACGUACAAAAGCUAACCAAAAAUAAAAGGUUACUUUACCAAAAUCUGCAGUAUACUGUUUGCCAUGGGAAAGAAUCACAAAUAGGUGUACACAGCACUUAAGGGAACAUGUUUUUUAAAUCUUUUUAUUUAUUGUUAUUGUGUAGCAGAUUUUUUCUUUUUGUAAAUGUAUUAGCAAUGAGUUUUUUUCUUUUGAUGUUUCAAAUUUCAAUUUGAUAAAUAAUUACUAUUCAGGUAGGUUUCUUAUGCAUUGGCAUUUAUUCUGAAUCAAUUUAUUUGAUUUCUGAAGUUAAUUUUUAUAUUUUUGUUUUGUAAAUGAGAUUGGGUUUUCAUUUUACCCUAAUUAGAGGGUUUCUUUUCUGGCAGAAACACUUGAGUGCAUAAUUCUGGGGUUUUUUGUUUGUUUGUUUCCUGAGAUGAGAGAGAAGGUCGGUGGUGCUUCUUAUUAAUUCUGCUGCCACAUUCCCGUUAAUACAUUAUUAUUUUGGCACUGCAUGGAGACAUUGGGCAAACUGCCACCUGGUGUAGUCUCUAUCAGCUCUGCUGCAGUCAACAGAAUUGGGACGGCAUGGUUGGAGCAUUUGAUUGUUUACAAAGGACGUGUCUCAGAGAGGGUUGUUUUUCUGUAUCGCCACCAAAUGAUUCAAAAUAAGCCACCCACUGAGCUUUUAUGAGCACUUCUCAACAAACUGAAGAAUAACUGCUUUGUUAAAGAGAAAAUACAAUUGAGAUUUAGACAAGAAUGCUAUUCCCCUAACUGGCCAGGUCGUGUUAGUGUAAUACUUGUUUUCUUAGUAAUUAUAUAUACGAUUUCCUUCCUGAAAAAAACAUAUGUGAAACAACAAGCUGGCUUAGGAUUUGGCAGGGAACAAAAUAUUCUUUAUUUUUCUUGAAGUAUUUGGGUACUUUUCCCCCUCCCCCCCUCAACACUGAAAAGACUGCAUAUUAUGAAUUGAAAAUUUUGGUAAGUAGGGAGAGUGUGACAGGAGUGGCCAUCUCCACUGUUUGUUAAAUUAUUGUGCUUUCCCAUUAAGCCGUGGUUUUGUUCAUGCAGUCCGUGCCCAGCCAACAUCAAGAUGCUGUCCUGCCCUUAGACUUGAGUGUGUCAUGGUCCUGACAAAGGCAGGUUUUAGAAACAUUAGUGUGCUUUACAUUAAACAGUACAGUCUAAGUUUGGAAUAUUAUUAACUGAGUAAUACAACUCAAUUUAGUUACUGUUCUUCCCUUUUUUAAUAGGUUAAAAAAAAAAAAGCAGCCAAGUGGUUUUCUUUCAAAAGCAUUAGUAAAUUUUAAUCCUGCACAGAAAUUUCACAGCCUAAAACCCAACGCUAUAUACAGUAAGCCUGUAGCACGCCGCACGUGAGCUUAUCACGCUUCCCUUCUCUGUGGUCUACUACAGCCAUAAAUAAAGUUCUUAUUGGUAAUGCUGUGAAAUAUUUUGGACGUUGCUAACAGCAUAACGCUUUGAAGAUACCAGGAAUAUCUAACACUGUUUGCUCUUUUCAAUGGUGGCAGAGCACUUAAUAGUUAAAAAAAGAACCCAAACCAAACAAGUUCAACAUUUUACAUACAUUUCACUAUUGCUGCCUACAACUUACUCCAUUAUAUUAUCUUUGUCAGAGCAUAUCUAAAUGCUGUGGUCUAUAUUCAAAACAGUGUUGUUCAAUCAAAAUUCUGUGACCCUUGAAAUUAUGAAUAUUGAAUAUAUGUAAUGCAGUGCUAUCACAAUAUUUUCAAUAAAGGAAUUUAUGCAUUCAGAAA